CAGACACGUCUGCGUCGGCGAAGGACGAAGGUCGGUGUACUCGGGGGGGUGAACGGUUUUUCAAAUUGAGUUGAUUUUCAGUCAGUCGUCAGUCGUGCCCAACGAUUCGUGGAGUGAACGUCGCGCGGCGCCUUUGCUCACUGACUCAGACGAGUCGAGCUCAGCGUUGAGUCCUCGUCGAUUUCGUUGGAUUUUCCAGGUGCCGUGAGAUUAUCCCAGGCGUAGGGUUUUCCCUCUCGCACAAAACGUUCACGAUCGAACGAGCCGAGGUUCUAUGUUUAUAUAUAACUGCACGCACGUACACCCGUAUAUAUGUAUAAAUUUUUUAUUUUUCCAUUUUUCCUGCUAUUAACCGACGUUCGAUAAAUUAGGAACGAGGUAGGGAAGUUAAGGGGAAGAAAAUAAAGAAUAACAAGUGAUACCGGAAGUACGGAAAAUCAGUUAUCGGAAAAAUGUGUGCUCUGCGUGGUGUGUUUGUGAUUAUUAUAUUGUGUGCGUGUCCGGGUGAUGUGUUUUCGCGGACGACCAGCAGAACUGCCUGCGAGACAGUUAAACCCUUUUUUGAUGGUAAAAAUAUCUCUAUUGAGUAUAUGGAGGACGAGCCUUCAAAAACUACGUGUGGCGGGUCUUGCUGCAGUUCUGACAUGGAGCACCGAAUCCGGAACCAGGCGAAAAGUGAUUUCCAAAAUUUGAUGCACCAUCACAGCCGAACUCUCCAAGGUCUCCUGGCGUCUACCGCAGACGCUAUAAGGGACACCGUAACAGUGCUGGUCAGGCAUUCCGAGAACAGAACUUUGACCCUCUUCAAUCAAGUUUAUCGCACAAUGGCUGUGGAAACGUAUCCGUCUGUGAAGAGCCUGUAUCGGGAUAUAGUGAACUACGUCGCACCCGAGAACACACCGGACUCCCUCCAGCAGCCUCGGACACGUGAUAUGCUGUACCUCAGCUUCCUCAACUUCUUCGACGAAUUGUUCCCCACUGCUUUCCAUCGGGCAGUGGAUCCCCUGAAGCAGGAUUUCUCCAAGGAUUUCAAGUCCUGCCUCAGAGAAGCCGUCGACAGCAUCAAACCGUUCGGCGACAUCCCCAAACAGAUAUCACAGUCCGUCGUAAAGAGCCUUGAGGCUACCAGGGUACUUAUCCAAGCCCUAACUCUCGGGAAAAAUGUCUUGGACAAAACCGACGGAGCCCUCUUCUCCUCACAGACAGCUCAGCAAACCGCCUGUUUCGAAGCUCUCCAGCGAAUGACCUACUGUUCAAAAUGUCACGGUAUCGCCAGCGACAUCAGGCCCUGCUCUGCGCUUUGCAUAAACGUAAUCAGGGGUUGUCUGAUCGAGCCAGCGUCGCAAUUCGACAUGGCUUGGUCGGGAUACGUCGAGUCUGUCGAACGACUCGUAAUCGCCAUCGACGGGCGUAACAAUCCUCUGGGUCUGAAUGUGGAAAGCGCCAUCAGGCAACUGGACACGCGUAUUUCGGAUGCUAUCAUGCAUGCCAUGGAGAAUGGUCCAGAGUUGAAGGAGAAGGUACGCGCUGCAUGCGAUCGCACAAAACUGGUUGAUUUCGUCCCGUCGAACACGACGACGAUGGAUCCCGUUGCAUCUUACAAAGUACCUGCAGGACUCCGUCUGGGUAACUUUUUGGCCAGCGUAGGAAGAUCCCGUAGCUUUUACGGUACCUUGGCCGACACCAUCUGCGAGGAUUAUCCGGACAAACAUUGCUGGAACGGAGACCGUGUCGGAGACUAUAUGAAGACGAUUGUCGACUCCAGUUUGACGGCGCAGAAAUACAAUCCUGAACUUCCUCUAUUGGCAGGAAGUUCGCCGCAAUCUCUCUACGACAAUGCGAAUACGAGUGAGCUAAUCGAUCAGUUGCGACAUGUUAAUCAGAUAGUUCAAUCGCAAUUGGCGUCGACACCGGAUACCGGUGCGCUUCUCAGUGACGGAACCUUCGAUGGAUCUGGAAGUGGAGCUGGACCGGAUAGCGAUACCGAGAGCGACGGGUACGAAGCUUCCGGAUCGGGCGAGGGAUCCAACACGAACUACUCAUCGAGCGACAACGGAGAUGUAAGAACUGCGAUGGAUGAUGGCUUAGAUAGAGCCGCAGCGGUCGCUCAUAACAUGUCGCCAGCCUUCCUUCUUUGUUCUGUUAUUCUCGUUAUGCGUUUUUCAAUCUUUGCUUAAAAUGCACCAUCCUCGUCGGAUCACUCGACGAAUGUUGAUAAAUGUGAUAAAAAUGUUCGGGUGAAGGAAGAGGUAGAAAGCGAAAAAACGGCAGAGCAAGGGGAAAUAAAGCAUCGGAAACGGGUCAAAUUUUGACUACCUCUCUUUGGCGGACUCUGAGAAAAAAGGCCUGUGAAAAAGUUUGAUCCUUCCGGCUUGGAAAUAGUUAAAUGUUUCCUUUCUUUUUAGUUUUCCAAUGAUGUUUUUUCCUUUAAUUCUUGAGUUUCUACUCAGAUUGGAACUGAACGUAAGACUGCCUUCGAUACCCGUAAUUUAUUUGUAGAAACUCAUUUGUACCAUUAUAUUUCCUCGAGCUGACCAAACUGGUAAAUCAGUAUCUCAAUUACAGUAAUAACGAUUGCCAUAUCUUGGAGAAAAAAGUUAUGGCUAUGUUUGAGACUAGGUGCAUAUUACCUAGGUCAUACUGCCAAAACGCAUUUCAACUUGUCAAUUAGUUUAGAGCCAAGGCACACUUUGCGGCAUUUACUAUCUUCAAGCUGGGUUGGUGCAAACGAAUUAUAGAGUAUGCCUACCUACAUCAUUAUCUGUAUGCAUUCAUACAUAUUAAAAAUUGUGCGUAAGUCAAUGAAGUAUAUACCUGCACGGUAUAAGUAUAAUUGCUUGAAAAAUGGAAAAUUGGUAUCAUUCCCAAAUGAUUUUGGAAGAACGAGCAACGUUUUAACACCAGCACUUACAGUGGCAGAUUAAGUCAUGUCUCAUAGGCAUAUUCAACGUUUCGGGGAAAAUUGCCGGAAUAGCGCCACUAUCAUAUUUUACGAUCAAUCACCACAUACAACUGAUAUCUACCGGCUGUUUUGUGGAACAGACGAAGCUUCUGCUAUGUAUUAUUAUUCAUUUCGCGAGUGUCCGGCGUAUCGUUUUACGCAUAUAAAUUGACAUUCUGCAUUGACGUAAAUUUCGGCGAGGCAUUCAUUCCCCGCUGAGCUUUAUCAGCCAAUUAACUGUAACGCAAUUUAAAUAGAUGUAUUUUUAUAACGAAAGUGUGCAAUGUGCUUUCCCCCAUACUUGCGUAUAGAUAUUAAUUUGAUUUGAGCAAUGUGUAUUAAUUUAUUCUAUGCGUUCGAGUUGAAAAAAUUGUUCGGAUAUAUGUAGGAAGAAUGUUACAAACAAGAAUGUAGAGACCAGCUAAGAACCUACCGGAAGAUGAAAAUCGCGUAGUUAAAUUUUCAAUAUUUCGAAAUAAGUAUAAAAGCAAAACGUAUUUGAUCCAUGCUUGGACAUAGGGUAAAAUAGUGCUGGAAAAAUAUAGCGAGUGCUGGCAAAGAAGCGAUUGUAACGCGCCUACUGAUCAAUAUACCUACAUAUUCCUCUACAAUAUACCUAUAAUGUCAGUGAAUUUGACAGUCGCUGAUAGGCUUGAAAUUUAGUCUCGGUACCAUAUUCGAAAUGUUAUUCCAGCCUCCUUGUCGCAAAUUCGUACGAGAUUGUUAGUCGAUAGUGUUAUCCGAGAUGAUAUCGAAGUAGGAAAACCGAUAAAAUGAUUGCUGCGCACGUCGCAGGUGUUUCACCUAGCCUACAAUUAUCUGCUACCUAAGGAAUCGCGAAAAGGAUAGAUUUACGAAAUUCACUGUCUAGAUAGAAAAGUAGAAUGAAAACGGAUACAAUUUUCUCAAAAUUACAAGCAUUACAUGUCGAUCAUUGAAUAAUCUGCUAACGAGUCGAAUAUUAUUGAAUUGAAUCAUCAAUCUGAUAAAAUAAUAUACUCCGAAUCGUGAGCAUCACUUGCUUGAUGUAUACUUGGUUGUAUUUUUUUUUUUUUUUUCUGUCAUCUGUAAAUUUUCUGAUUGUGCCCGGGAAUUUUUUAGCAAUUAUUGUUAUUUUGUAAGAUUUAACUUGAGUUUAUGUGAGGGUUAGUGCCUUUUUGAAUACCUAUUGCCAAUACGAUAUUAUGCUGACACGACAUACCUAUUAAUAUGACUUUGUAUAGAGCAAUGAAUUGUUGCUAAAUACGUGUGCGUGUGAUUUUCUACACAUGUAUUUGCUUUUCUUGUUCACCUGCCAGUUGCACUUAUCGCGUCAUUUUUUAAUCUUAUUUCUUUUCAUUUGCCAGAUGCUACUAACUCUUGUAGUAACAUGGGCAUGUCGAAGUUUGCAUCCUUUGAACAUUCCUGACAAUGAAAUAUUGAAGAUUAAAGAAACAAAAAAAAGUAGUAAUAAUAAUUCAAGUGCCAAACGAACAAUUGUGUAGUUAGUGAUUGCCAUUGGUGAAAUUUACGUCCAAUUAAGAGCGUGAAUAGCGUUUUAAAGCCAAUAUGAAUGCGUUAUAGAAUCCGAAAACGUUGCGAUGUGAAUGUAAAGGUUACGCAAAAGUAAAAUUGCCAAACCAGCACAAAAAGCGCGUUCAAAAAAUUUCUGUUAGACGCGUUGCAGUGUUACGUGGGCAGCGUUUUAUUCUGAAUUAUUUCUUUUCUUAUCCAAAACGGUAUUUGCAACAAUCGAGAAGGUCUUCAAUUGGAUAUGAUAAACCAAUAGGAAUGCGUGGGGUUAUGAAUCUCUUUGCUUCGGCGCAAGCUGAAUUAUCCCGGUUUUAUGUUAGUUAAAGACGUGCUUGUUUUAGUUAAAUUUCAUUAAAGGCGAUUAAGCAUACGUUGAGCACUAUUCAGAAACGUCUCAGCGCCGCCUGGUUUGGAACUACGAUUAUUGACAUCGGCUCGCGGAAUCCUAAUUCUUCUCCAACUCAUUCAUUCAUCCGUAAUAUAAUUACUAGCGUAGUAACACGUUAAAAAUACUUUGAUUAUGAUCGGAAUUAUGAAUAAUCUUUCGGAAUGCCAUGGAACUACAAUAAAAUCUGAUACGUCAUUUCAUUUGUUCUGUCGGAAUAUUUAAACACCAGAGCGUCAUCUUGAAUAUGGCUUGCAUAUGAAAGGUAGAGGUAAUGAGGACUAUCUCUGUGUACAGAAAGUGUCCAUAAAAUAAAGUACAAUUAAGAUGGCGUUGCUGAAGCUAAAGUUCCACAAUUUAAAAGAAAGCGGCAAUCAGAUUGAACUCUGAUUGCUUAUUAGCGCCAUUCUGAUGACUUGUUGAACCACUAUUUGUCACUUUUUGGUGGACACUAUUUCAAUUGAAAACCCAUUUGAGAUACUUUUCCUUACCUCCACCAUCCAUAGGCUUUUGUUACCGAUGUGUGACAAUGAUGAGCGUUAUUAUGGGCACGUGUUCAGCUUUCCAAAUUUAAGUCGUCACGUUUCCCAAAUAUGAAGCAUAGUUGGUAAACCAGACCGCACGCCGAAAAUCCAUUACGUGGAAGUUGAGAUUAGUUGAUGAAAUUUAUAACGAAACUCAUUAUUAGAUUAAGAAAGAAAUCGUAUAAUUAAAUGCGUUGUAAUUAAUUGCAAUUCACACAAUCGCUCAGAUUGAGCUUGCGUUAUAUUAUACACUCAUUAUGUAAAUGAAAUUUUUUCUCUAUAUUAUUUCUACAAGAAUUAGUGUUUAGUAUAUUAUGAUGACUGUUAUUUAAUAACACGAUUGGAAUGAUUUUCACUUUGCCGGUAAAACAAUGAUUCUUCGUCAGGUCAAGAAAAAAUAUGAAUAAUUAUAGUGCUUAGUGAGUUGAUAUAAAUUUUACAAAGGUUAUUUGUUAUGUAUAAUGUGAUUCUUUUCUUAAAAUUAUUAAUACUAAAAUUAUUGAUGUGCAGCCGCAUGAGCUCCAUCGUGGGUGAUGAAAUUCUUCACCAUAUGUUGACGACUUUUAUAGUAACAUAAUAUAAUACUUAUCUUUUAAAUAUCAUAUUUAUUGAAAUGGUUAACCGAAUAUGUGAUUAAAUCGUUACAUUUCGUAUUUCUAACUGCACUCACGUCAUUGCAUCUUUCGUUUAAUGUUAAUUUUUUUUAUUUUGUUUCGUUACUAGUUUCCUUCGUGUUCGUACGGUUUUACAUCCAAUGUGAAUCAAACGAGAAAGGAAGUUGGAGUGUUUAAAUUGAACGUUGCAAUAAUAAAUCUUACUUUAAACGAUGCAAAAUUCGCAUAAAUGUAUGCAGGGCAUAAAACAAGUUUCACUAACACCUUUUGUGAGUGAAAUGGAAAAAGUUCGUAAAAUCUUGUACAUAGAAAAUGCGUUAUAUUUAUGACAUGUAUACAUACGAUAUAUAAUAUGUAUCGACCCAAUUUGAACGAAGUAAUUGUAAUAAAUAAUGAUUUACUUAUAGUUACGACCUAUAAUGACAUUACUUGAAUGUAUUAGGGCUAUCGCUGACAGUAAUGGCGAGAGAACGAGGCGGCAAAAUUGUAUCAAAAGAAACGUUAAUUGUGCAGAGGCAUUUCACGCGAGAUAAUCCGAUAUCAGGACGGCUGGCUACGCUGUCAUGGUUAAAAGUUGUAAUGGUAUACAGAAGCUGCAAAGCACGAGACGCAAAUGACGUGUUACCGUCCCAGAUAGAACAUUUUAUUGGACUGCAGCUGAGUAUCAGGCCGCCGAAUUGGCGAAUGACAUGCUCAUCGAAGUGUCUUUGAGGAUUUAUAGGACCUAUAGGUAGCUCAAACAUAUGUCGAAACAAAAUCAUGACUAAUAAAAGGUUUAAACGGUGUAGUUAAACCUCAUCAAGUUAAAUAUAAUUUGAAAACUCUCUGUGAUUCGGAAGAAGAAUUUUAAACACCUAAUCUCAAAUCUAAAAACUCUUGUAUUAUCGACCUCAGAGUAUAUACAAUUUUUUCACCAAAAAUCCACGUGAUCGCUCUGAUUUUGAUGAAUAAUAAGCGUAUUUUUAACACAAAUGAAAGCAUUACAAUUCGCUUGAGAUAAAUUUUUUCCUGAGCUUGUCGAUUGGUAGAACAAGAUCUAUCGUUAAGUACAUCAUUUUUGCAAAAAAACUGACGGAAACCAUUUACGAAGAAUUUAUUUACGAAGAAAAUGAGUUAUUGUUUAUCAAAAUCGGACAUGGAAUGUAGUUUUUUCGGUAAAAAAAUAAAAAUAGACCAAUUUUUUCUGAAUUUGUGAACGUAAUGAGGUGUUUACGUUUAAUAUUCAGCGUUUUAGAAUUUUCUCCUGUGUCACAGGGACUUUUUUUUAUAUGCCUAUUUAACUAUUAAGAUUGUUUCGAGUGAACUUUCUUAAUUAUUGUUUUAUCACGAUUUUGUUUCAACCGCUGGUUCGACCUGAUCGUAAAUCCCGUAGUACGUUGAAUCGCCCAACUCUUUGUGUCUGAUGCCAUUGUUUCUUUUUUACACCUCCGUAACAGAGAAAAUGACAAAAGAUGCCCGAACGCACCCGCGUCGAUGCUAUAUUGACCCGGGAUGUGCCAUGAUUCCCGGAAGAAUUAGAUAUAAACGUUGUACUAUAUAAAUAUAUGACGCAGCAUUGAAUAUUGCUAACUAACCAUCCGUAGGCACCAUCAGAACAUGCUAGACAUGAAUGUUUCGGAAGAUGUCGAGUAUCCAUGCGAACUAGGAGUCCUCAAUCUUACGAGGUUGAAGAUAGUAACGUCAUCGUAACGAAAUCGUAACGAAACAUUGGGGGAAAAAUCACUACUUUCUAAAUUUUACAAUGAUUUUGAAGGAACUAGGAUCUCAAAAUAUGAGUGUGUUUUGUUUUGUAACGGUUUACUGAAUUUCAAAUAAUUCCAAAAUCGCGAAAUAACGGUUUUUCCUCGGCAUGAAUCGUUACGUAAACGUUACUAACUUCAAUAUAGUUUAACCUUUGUGUCCACGAAGCCAGUUACGAACAUACACAUGUUAGGCUGUAUAAAUAAAUAUCACAUGCAUUGAUACUAAUCACACAACAUUUCAAAUUUAGUGUAUAUAAGGUAAUAACGGAUUACAGAGAAUAAAUAGAUGGUCAUUGCCUUUCAGUUUGAAAGUGGUUGUGCAUUUUUUGAGCAAUGAAAAUAUCACGUUGUAACGUCCGAAGAGAUGCGAAGAUUAAGCCGCUGAAGCCCGAGCUUCGGUUCGUUAUUCAGCGAAAAUACUUUCUUGCGUCUUCGCAUCUGUUUGGCAUGCACAUAUAUAUGUAUAUAUAUAUAUAUAUAUACAUAUAUAUGGCGAUUAUGGAUUACACGCACGUUACAGAAAUAUAUUUCAAUAUUUCCAUUGUGCACGAAUACAUUUGGCAGGUGGCAGAAAAUGUACAACACAUUUUCGUUUUAGAGAGUAGCGUUGUUUAGUUCUAGGUAUAUAGACUUAAACGAAUCUGUUGUUCGUAAGGCUAGUUUAAAAGAAGAGCCUACUACAUUUGGCAGUCUGUGAUUAUUUACAAAAAUGUUGAUUUAAAAUUCUCUCCGAAUAACGAAGGGAGAUUCUCAAGUUCACUCCAUUGAAUUCGGAAUUAUUCAUGCCAUUAUGUACUAAUCUGACUCCCUCGUUGAGAAAUAAAUGUGAGGAAUCAUAAAUGUAAUAAGUGCCGUAAAAUUGCAAAAUACGAUGCUAGAAGUAAAAAAAAAUUGUACAGGAUGAAGUAAUAAGGUCGAAAUAUUGAGAAAGCAAAUGGAUAGCAUAUGAGAUAGCAACCAAAAUUUAAAAAAAAAAUGAAUAUAUUGCUAUUAACGUUACAAGAAAAUGAGUAUGUUAUGUAACGUAUCAAUGAGGAUGAUACGACAAAUAUGUAUGUAUAUUAUAUUCACCUAAAAAUGUAUAAACUGUUUAUGAGUCAAUGGCGAAUAAAAUAUAAAGCAUGAACGUUCGAA